CCAUAUUUAAUUUCUAAUCUUUGGGUCUUUGCUCCAGUUCUCAAGUCAAGAAAAAAUAAAAAAAAAAAUUGUAUAGUCUUGGAAAAUUACGAGUGGUCCAUUCCGAUCCAACCGGAAAUGAGCAGGAGAAAGUUACGGCGGCACAGCUCCAAUUGCCGGGAGAACGAUUCACCAACAAGAGAGGGCAACUGCCGGGACUACCGCUUCCACCGGACUGAGACUUAUCCCUCGACUCGGCCGAUGAAGCCACGAUGCAAACCAAUCCAGGAUGAGGCCAUCACCCGGUCGGGCAACUCCCUCGAGGCUGACGGCUGUGGGCGACCCUUCGAAAUGGUCAAGGACGACGUUCUGCUCGCUUGGCAGCAGAGUCCUCACAAGGACACGUUGGGCUUCUAUGGCGUAGGGUCGCCCAUCCAUCAGCCCGAGUCGGUGGUGUUCAACCGGGUGCUGGCGGCCUGCCUGGUCAAGGUCAGCAGUGGCGGCACUCGGCCAGGUCGCCCCAAGAAAACUGCAUCAACACGCCCCAGUGUAUCUCCCGCGUGCAAUACCACUGCCCCUCAGCUUUGCAAAUCCUUUAUUCUUAACCGCCAGGCACUGCAGUCGGAGCUGCAGCGCAUGCCCUAUGUUAGACAGGAGCUGGAACCUGGAAGAGCUUUUGAGACGGCAUAUUGUCCUGAUAAUUCAGAUCCCAGCGAUCCUUUUGGAGUCCAACGCCAGACGCUAUUAGGGACUACCCGCUCCAGGGACCCUAAACACAAAAGGUUCCCAAAUGAUCGGAGUCGUAGGCCGUGGUACUGCCCCGUGGAUUGCGGUGAAACUCUGAAUGGUUGCACUCAAUAUGAGUGGGCCAGGUACAAACUAGAUCCUCGUCCCCAUAACAAGGAAUUCUGGGAUUGGCUCCAUCAGCAAGGGGUGAAAACAAGAACGGAGCCGAAGGACUACGAUCAAUUGUACGAGAGGUUUGUCAAGUGCUUCGAGCAGAAACCUUCCCCUGAUCCGCUCUGCAAGAUCUACGAGAAAUGCUGCAAGCCCAAGAAAGUACGUGAAAGAGAUGAUCAAGGAGGUGGCGAUGGGCAUAGGGGAAAUGGAUAUGGUCAACAGCUUCUAGACCCCGGAGAGCCCGAAGAACCUUCACAAGAUCAGGAUAAGCCGUAUGACAAAGACAAGCCCGGAACCGGAAAAGAAAGGGAAGAAAAUGAAAAAGGUACGAAUGAGGGAGCCGAUGGAACCGGUGAUACCAAGGAUAAGGGAGAUGGCAACGACAAAAAUAAAAUCGUAGAAAAGGAUAAUCACAAAAAUAUAAACGAACACAAGAAUAAAGAUGAUAACAAAGAUAGAGUUGUAGAAAAGGAAAAAAAUAAUGAUAUAAAUAAGGACAAAGAUAAGGAUAUUAGUAAAGAUCAAAAUGUUGAUGAACUUAAAAACACAGACCAAAAUAAAAGUGAAAACAAAAAUAAAAAUAAAAACAAAAAUAAAAAGAAGAAGGAAAAUGAGCAAAAAGAAGACAAGGUUAAUGAAGACGAAAACUUUAAAAUCGAAAAGAGGAAACCAGAACCGGAUGUACCAAAAAAGGAAGUACCAAAGAGGGAGGUACCAAAAAAGGAAACACAAAAGGAAAACAUCUCAAAUGAACGCUUGACCGACAAGGGAAGACCCAGUGUGAAACCGUAUAUUCCUUCGGAGAAAAACAGCGCUAAUCCCAGUAGAAGAGAUACUAAGGAGUUGAACACAGAACUGGAAGAACCAGUAAUAGACUACAAGCCCUUCGUGCCGAAGACCCCGAAAGACAAGGUCAAGGUUCCGCACAAAAGAAAGAAAAAGGUUAGGAAUAAAAUAGAAGAUAGGAAUGAGACCAAGAAGAUCUGCGAGCCAUGUCCGCCUUCGGGAUGCCAGUGCGAGAUCUGCCAUUUUAUGGAUCGCCGUAGGGAACCGGAGGCUCCCUUUAUGAGGGAUAUGAGGCGGAAGGAGCAAAAGCGCCAGCUGCGCGCCUACUAUCGCCAGAUGUGCCACCGGGAAUACAUCCAGAGUAGGUGUCGGGAGGAGUACCGGGCACCCAGACACAACUGCGAUCCCAUCUGCUGCGAGAACUUCCUGUGGCGCAAUCCCCGACUCGCCGAGCACUGCGAUUGCCUUGGGGCCGUGCAGGAGCUGCAGAAGCUCAUUUCCGUUGACAAGGACAACCGGGAUUGCAGCAGACUGCUCCAUCAGAUAGAGCAUCUUCGGAGACGCCUCUGCCAGUGCAUGUGCGAUUGCAUCCUGGGAUAAACCGGAUCGGAAUGCAUUCGGUUUUGUGUUUUAGUUUGUUUUCGUCAGUACACUUUUUUUUAUAUAUUUAUUCUUUGUGUUGGUUGGUAAACAAUACAAUAUUUUUAUUAAUUUUUA